CAAACGAAGGGCUAAAAUCGAGACUAAAAUGCAGCAUAUAGCCUUUAUCUUCCAGUGCUGGAUGUCAUCCUUCAUUAUCACAGUGACAUCUACAAAAUCCCCUCUCCACUUUGGAUAUAUUACUACUCUUACUGGAUCAUUCAUAGCUAGUGGAGGCAUACCAGCUGUUGAUCUGGCAUUAAAACUCAUAAAUGAGAGAAAAGAUAUUCUUCAGAACUAUACACUGAGCUAUACAGAUAUAUUGGACUCAAAAUGCAAUCGCACAGCAGGUCUUGAUAAAUUUUUUGAAUUGGUUAAUCGUGACGUUACAUAUGUAUCAUUAUUGGGUUGUGGGUGUUCUAUAUCUACCAUACCAGUUGCAGAAAUCAGUCACUACUGGAACAUACCACAAUUAUCUUAUGCUACUGGUGCUGAUGUUUUGACUGAUCGCAAUCGAUUUAGGAAUUUCUUCCGCACUCUUGUCUCAUUUCAUUAUGUUGGCAUUUCAUUAGCUCAUUUAAUGAGAGAGUUUGGAUGGAGACAAAUGUCAAUCAUAACACAAGAUGAAAGUCUAUUCACAGGAGUGGCUGAAGACAUCAAGAUAAUUUUUAAUAAUAAAAAAUGGAUAUUGGACAGAUAUGUUGUUAUAUCAGGACAAAAUCCUCUUUCUUUCUUUGACAGAAGUGAAGCCCAAAGGUUUAGAAUAAUCCACAUUAAUACAUAUCCUGAUAUUGCUUAUCAGCUAUUGUGUGAAGCAUAUUAUAGAGGUAUGACUAGCCCUGACUAUUUGUGGAUCAUUCCAAUGUGGUAUAAUGAUGAUUGGUGGAUGCCAAGUAGUCUGUCAUCUUACAAAAAUUCCUCGUGUACUGAUGCAAUCAUGAUAAAGGCUGUAUCAGGCAGCAUUGGCUUUAUUCUUGAUGUGUUUUUAACACUGCAAAACAAAUCAUUAGUAACAUUUUCUGGUCUAACACCACAGAUGUAUUUUAGUACAUAUACUGCUCUCCUUAAAGACCCUAAAUAUGAAAAUCUAACUGAACUAGGAUUAUCUGGGGUUGCUUUUGAUGGAGUGUGGGCAAUAGCCAUUGGGUUAGAUAUAGCAUCUAAAAAAAUAUCAUCUGGUAGUGACAGUGGGUGUGAGAAUGUACCAGGAGAUAUAGUACCAUUGGAACAAUUUAACUACACCAACACAAAACUAGGCUGUAUUCUGAGACAAAGUUUUAGUGAAAUUAAUUUCCUGGGAAUAACAGGUCAGAUUCAGUUUAAUGAAAAUGGCAGUAGAAAUGAAAACAUAGUUUUUUGUCAACAAUAUAGAACAACAACAGAUUCAUCAAUGGCUAGAGUUACUUUUGGUGAUGUGACUAUAAAGCCUAAAGGAAGCAUUUUUGUACUCAAAAAAGAAGAGUCAAACAGUACACUUUGGCAGAGACAUGGCCUUCAACCUCCUUAUGAUGGGUUUCCAGAAUCAAAUAUUCACCAAAACAAUAUGGUGUUGAUUAUUGUAUAUGAUAUAGCAGCUGUAUGUGGCCUUGUUUUUGUUGUCAUUUGUUUCAUUUUCAAUAUUGCCUUCAGAAGUAAAAAAGUUGUAAAAAUGACUAGCCCAAACUUAAAUUAUAUCAUAAUACUGGGCUCAGCAAUGUUGUAUACCUGUAUCUUCUUCUAUUCUCAUUCGUCAACUACCAAAUCAAUGCAAUCAAUAUUCUGUAAUAUACGUGAAUGGAUGGUUUCUUUGGGAUACAGUCUUUGCUUUGGCGUCAUAUUAUCAAAAACAUGGAGGGUGUAUUAUAUCUUUAACAAUCCAAAACCAAACAAGAAAGGAAUCAAGGAUUGGGUUCUUUUUCUAAUUGUAUUUGUUGUUGUUGCCAUUGAUUUUGUCAUCAUUUUGGUUGGUUCUGCUAUUCCGCAAUCAAAACUUGCUAGUUUUAAAGAAGUUGAUCACGAGCACUUACAGCAAGCAAAUGAAAAGAAUAGAAUACAGUAUAACUUCAUUUUAACGUGCAGUCAAAAAACUGGAACUGUUGUUUGGCUUGCCUUUUCAUUUGGUUAUAAAACCAUGCUUCAAUUAUUGGCUAUCUUUAUGGCAUUCCAUACUCGCCGUGUCAAAGUCAGAAUUCUCAAUGAGUCAAAAGAAAUUGCUGCAAUCAUUUACAUAAACAGUACAAUACUAGUUCUGUUGACAGUGACUGAGUUUACUCUUGCUAAUCAUCAUAAUACCUUUGCUGCACUUUUUGGAUUAGGAUUGCUUACUGAUGCAUCACUGUUCCUUGGACUCAUUUUUAUCCCUAAAAUGAUUCGAUUAUAUCGAGAUCCUCAAGGGGAGAAAAUAUUUUCAGAUGCAGAAAAUACAUGUAAUACUGGUGCUUCACAUGCAGUAACAAAUAAGGUUAAUACUAUACAAAUGGUGAAGGAAGACGGUGCUAGAACUGGAAAUACAAACAGAUCAUGUUCAAGCUGUAUCUUUUAGACAAAUGACAUAAAAAGUUCUGCCACUGAAGAGCGAGAUUAAGAACCUAGAAUUGUUCAUUUGUGUUGUUUUUAAUUUUACCAUAAAAAUUGUUUUUAUACUUAUCAU